AUGGUAAAAAAUAAGAAAAAUAAGAAAAAAAUUAAUAAAAUUAAUAAAAAUAAUAAAAAUGUGAAGAAUAUGGAAUUAAUUAAGAAAAGAUUAAUUGGAAGUAGAUUUCGUUAUAUAAAUGAGAAAUUAUAUAAAAAUAAUAGUGAAAUGAGUUGGAAAUUAUUUAAUAAUGAUCCAAAAUUAUAUACAAUAUAUCAUGAAGGAUAUCGUAAUCAAAUAAUAAAAUGGCCUUAUAAUCCAAUAAAUAAAAUUAUUUCAUGGUUAAAUAAACAUAAAGAAUAUUUUAAUAUUGGUGAUUUUGGUUGUGGUGAUGCACUUAUAGCUAAAACUUUUAAAAAGUACUCCGUUACGGUGCUUGCAACAGCAGCUCCAAUAAAGACUACUUAG